GUCACCAAAACCGUGUGCACUACAUAAGCGAGAAAUUCACACGCAUCAAGAAGUCUAAAAAUCUCUGUCAAUGAAAACAAGAUAAGGAAAUUUAAAAAAGCUAAUGGCAAAGUCGGAUAUGAUCGCGUCGGGGUCGGAUUUGGUUGAGGAACCAGCGGAGCGGGUCGACGACAAGAAAGUUGUCAUAGCGACCAUCAUGCGGGAGGAGCAUGUAGAUGUCAGCACAGGCUUUGGACGCGUUGCCGAGAACGGGGAUGCGGAUGAAGAGGAUCAGGAAUCUCAUGCUCACAGAAAUUAUAACGCUGACAAGAAAAACGAGAACCAGCCGCCGAAAAAAAUGAAAUCGAAGCAGCCUUGGAACAGCGACGAGGGCCGACAGAAGUAUGCAGCCUUUGUGCAGGGCUUCGUGGAAAAAAUGAGAGCGGUGAAGCUCACCGAAGUGCAACCAUUGCAGUCGCAGUCCAUCGAGGUCAUGCUGAAAAUGGAGCAGCGGCUCCAGGACAGCUCGCAAAAGAAAACCUGGCAGCACGACAAGCGCGGAAAACACGGCGGCCAGAUCGAGUCCAUUGCCGCCUGUGUGUUGGACCAGUUGCGGCCCACCGCGAGGACCUUGCUGCGACCUGAGGAUGCGCUGGAGGUGGUGGAACUUGGAGCAGGUAAGGGUUUGCUUGGCCAGGUCGUGGCGGAGCUAGCGGAAUUGCCACUAACAGUAGUUGAUAAAAGAGAGGUGCGCAACGGAUUCUUUCACGUGCCCGAUGUGCUCACCCCCCCGCAAAAUACUCAAGAAGUCGUAUUUUGCGACCCGGUGGCCGAAGAUGCCGGCGGCUGCGGGGGAGCAUCUCCUGCUCCCGAGCGGCGCGGCUCGAAAACCGGUAUAAGCGCAAGAGUGAUGUCCCAAAUUCGAUACGACCAGAUGAACCAAGAGCAAAGUUUGAGGACUUCUGGAGAGCAGCCGUCGCCGUCCGCGUCGACAUCUUCAUCGCUGGCCAAUAAACCAUCUGCAACGACGACGUCCCUCGCACCGCGGCGCGGAAACAGCUCCGGCACACUCGAGGAGUCUUCCACCGCUCAAAACGUGCGGGCGCACGCCGACAGCCCGGCGGCACGCAAUCGUCGCGCAGACGGCGCGCGAAGUGUUGAAGGAACCAUUAUUCACCACGUCACCGCAGACAUUUCCGAAUGGGAUCCGAUCGCUGGAACUUUUGGGUCGUCUAACCUUGCGUCGUUUGCGACUACCACCCCACGGGCAGGAGCAGGAGUACCAAAAGAGGCAGGAGCACUUCUGGAGCAGGCACAAGGACCUCUAGUUUAUGGUGAAGAGCAGCAGCCACAGCCCGCAAAGGUAGUGCUCCUGGCGAAACACUUAUGCUCCAACGCGUCCGAUGUUGCGGUACGACACUGCGCGAAGUUGCUGCAGCACGAUCGCCUCAGCCUCUUUGCCUGUGCUCCCUGCUGCCACCACAAAGGACUCACCUACGAGAAUUACGUGGGUCGCGAGUGGUGGGAACAGGUUUUGCAAGCGUCGGAGCGGGAGUUUGCUCUGUGCAAGCAGCUGAUCUACCUCAGCAAGGUGCCAACGCUGCACCAGCAAACUUGCCGCAACUGGAAGCUGCGGCAUCUCUUCCCGAAUGUUGUGGAGUUGAAGCGUCUUGGUAUUCUUGCGCGGAGGGUGGUGGAAGAAGGGCGUCUCGCGUUCCUGAGGUGGCAGACGAAAGCGAGCAAAAGUCGCGGGCAAAUUGGUUGCAAUUCUACCUCGCCAGAAGCAUCGGGAGGUGGUUUUUGUGAAGAGAAAGGUAGAAGUAUCGACAUCAAAGUGCUCCAAUACUGUUUGGAAUCAGUUUCGCCCGACAAUUUGUUGCUGUUGGUUUCCGCCUCCGCCGAAGACCUCUCGGAAAAGUCAGAGGCUGCAAAAAAUGAAGAAGUGGUAGUUAACUGCAACCAGGAAACAGCAGAGGCGCAUCAAAAUUUUGCCGCAUUUCCACCUUACACAGAAACCGAAGAAGGUUAUCUGGUAAAAAAGCAAGAGGAAGAGAAGCACGGCGCGGCAAGGAAGGAAGAGCUGUUGACAACCGCCGCAUCCGGGCGGGGUCCACCACACAACUCCUCUUCACGCAACCGCGAAGCUCCUCCUCGGACGAGCCGCGAGCGCGACGGAGUAUUGCUGACCCUUGUUGCGGAGGCGACUGCCGCCUCGCAGCCGCAGAAGCUGUGUGAGUUCGUGCUCGAAAAUCGAGGAAAGCAUUUUCCGUCGGUGCUGGGCGUCCACGUUUGCGACCUCCCCGUUUCCACCGACCCGCAGAACACGAAGAGUUCCCGCGGAGUGCAAGGCACGGACCACCGCCAGAUCUUGAUUGCGUCGACAAACGUUUUGCAAACCUGCGCCGAGAUUCGAAACUGCCCCAUUAUCGGCCCCCUCGUCGAUCGCGUCUUCCCGCACAAUCACACGCUGCCCUUGCUCUCCGACGAAGAAGUGCGAAUGUCUAGCGCAACUUCCUUCCGAAAUUGGCUGCUCUCCGAGGUGUGUACUCAACUCAUGAUUCCAGCAACAAAAAAUGCCUUGUCGGGGCCCCCGCAAGAUGAACAGGUGAAGAUCAAGCUGAAAUGCAGUGUCCAGCCCCGCCGCUUGUUGCCGGAGGUGUUGGACCUCGUGGCGGAGCUGCAGCAAGCGGACACAUCGUUUCGGGACGCGGUCGAGUUGAUAUCCUGUGCAAAAGUAUCGUACUCGUAGUAAUCGCAAGUAUGCAUGACAAAUCGCCUUCCUUUGCUAAAACAGCAUGAUUGCUAAAACAGCAUGACAAAUUCUAUUUGUCAUGCUAGGGAAAUUUGUAUAUGCAAUUACUUAUAUAUUAUAUUCAUGCGAAAAAAGAGGUAGACAGAGGGUAAACAAGAGGUGGCCGAGAGGUCAAAAAGAGGUCAAAAGAGGUAAAAAAGAGGUCGACGGAGGUGGAGAGGUGGCGCGGGACCCCUUUCGAGAGGGUCGGCGAGAGGGUGCGCGAGUAUAGCCCGCUGAAGGCCCCACCUUAAGGCGGCGCCUAAGUGCCUCAGAGGGUGCAGAGAGGUCAAAAAGAGGGGGCGCGAGAGGUCGACAGAGGUCGAGAGAGGUGGCGCGAAUAAGGGCCAACCUCUCGCGCACCCUCUCGGCCACCUCUGGGCCACCUCUGUCGACCUCUACCCGCGAGUAUAGCCGGACUAUUAGCGGGGACCCCCAAAAGAGGUAAAAAAGAGGGUCUGCGAGAGGUCUGCGAGAGGGUAAAAACACAAAGUGGCUGGCGCGAAUCCGCAUGGUAGUGCUCAUAUUUAGCAUUGCAGGCUCUUCGCGGACGGCGUUUGUCCCCGCCACCCUCUCGCGCACCCUCUCGCGCCACCCUCUCGCGCCACCCUCUCGCGCCACCCUCUCGCGUCACCCUCUCGCGCCACCCUCUCGCGCCACCCUCUCGCGCUACCCUCUCGCGCACCCUCUCGCGCCACCCUCUCGCGCUACCCUCUCGCGCCGCCCUCCCACACUGAAGCCAUUGAAAAAGUGAAGCCGGGGAAUGGGGCGGGGUUCGUGGUUCGUCUUGAUUAACGAAAGGCAUGCGUAGCGGAUUGGUGUGGCACCUAGGUGCGUCCUGUUCUGCCCCAGUGCUCGCGGUAGCUCCUCCCUGCGCAGAGCGCCCUUAGGCGCGAGAAGCGCGCAGACGGUGCUGUGGGGGCAUGAGUAUGUAUGUCGCUGUGGUCCGGUCCGCAAGCAGUUCAAACCCGGCCAAACAGCCUUGCGCUCCGGCGGUAGCCGGAGCAUGGCUGGUUUAUACUAGUGCGAUACUUUUGGAUUUCAUAGCUGAGCCCCGGCAGCGAUAGCUACACCCACACCCUGUGCGUCGCGGCCUGGCGCGGGAUGGAUUGCGAAACGCAGGUUGGGUUAUCGAUUUUUUCCCGCGCUGCUUUCGACGCGGGCAUGUUUUCCCCCGAUGUGCGGACGACGCGGAAAGAACACCGCAGCUGGAGGUACCGACUCCUGGAGCUCCAGCGGCGAGCGGGCAGCAACCGCGGACAUCCCUUGCAGUCCGCUCUUGUUCGACGCAAGAAUCAUGAAGAUGUUCGCAACUACUACCCGGAACCGGAUCAUUAUGUCAACAAUCUCGGCGCUAGUAACGAAUUAGAAUGCCAGGAGCACGAUGAACAGCAUCUCGCUACUUUAACAUCAAGAUCAACAUCUUCAAUGGACGAGAACAAUUCCAUCUUGUUUGUGGGGGACUUGGACCAGUUCGAAGAAUUGCGGCAGCACGUCCAGGAAGGUGCGACCGUGACCGAGGACAUCAAUUCUAGCGAACAAGCUGCGAUUUCCCCGACCUCCACAAAGAACAAAGCGAGAAGUAAAAAUUAUGCUGACGACCAGCAACGGAUCCGUUGGAGUUCGUUUCUGCACUGUGACGGGGAGAACGAAAAGGAGCUGCAGGAAGCGCUCAGCGUGGACCAGCUGAAAUUGGUUCUCGUGGAUGCCGGCCGGCGAAAGUCAACGAAAGCGCAAGCAGAACUGCUCAUCCGAGUGAAGAAGAACCUGCCUGCAGGAGGUGCUUCAUCAUCGCAGACGCCUGUGCUAGGACGGAUGUUUGCUACGGAUGUCUCGAAGUUUGACGUCCGCCGCCACCUAAAAAGUUGGUGUCAACAGGUAUCGGCUCAACUGCAAGAGAAAACAGCUUGUGCACGACUAGAAAUUCUCCACCUGUUAACAGACGCAAAACUUGAGCGCACAGUGCUUAUGGUUGGAUAGAGUUAGAGAAACUUCUUUCAAAUAAUUUACUUCGGAGACGCAGCCCCCGCACAGCUAGAAAAAAUGUCCACCUAUUGUUCUUCACGCAUUUAUGAGGGAUACCUUUGACAAUAGACCAGACUAUAGGUGUAAAAGCGCAAUAAUGAUUGAUGCGCUUGCUCAUGUUCGCCCACUUACGCAAGAAUCAAGAAAAUACGACAAUAAAAACGAGGAAGCGAAGCGCACAAAUUGCUCGUGUUGCAGCUGCGAUU